AUGUCCACAGAAUCACAUCAAUCUACUCAAUCUGCUAAUUUUGCUUGUGUUCUCCCAAACAAUGAUCCUUCUAGUGUGUACUAUAUUCAUCCUUCCGAUUACACACCCCAACUUCUUGUUACUUCUAAAUUUAAUGGCACUGGUUUUCACAAUUGGAAAAAAUGUAUUUUAAUGGCUUUUUCUGCCAGAAACAAACUUGAUUUCCUUCAUGAAACUCUUCCUAAACUUGACACAACACAUUCUAACUAUUCUUCCUGGAUUAGAUAUCUUGAAGAAAGAUUUGCUUAUAGUUCUCAUACUAAGAUCUAUAAUCUGGAGAAACAGUUGGCUGACGUUGACCAAGGGAAUCUUAGUGUUCUUGACUUUUACACCAAAUUCAAGGUUCUUUGGGAUGACCUUAAUUCUAUAGAUCUUUUACCUACCUGUACUUGUAACAAUUGUACCUACAAUAUGACUGGCAGAUUUCUUAAACAACAACAGAACAGAAAGCUUAUCAGAUUCAUGAUGAAACUCAACGAACAAUUCUCAGGCAUUAGAAGCAAUGUGCUAAUGAUGAAAGAUCUACCACACCUAUCAGAAGCUUAUAGGCUGUUUGCACAAGAAGAAACUCACAAAGAAAUUGCUCAGAAUACUACAGUGAAUGAACCUUUGGGUUUUGCCAUUACUCAAAACAAACCAUACAAUACUGCUCCCUACAAAUCUCAAAAUUACAAAUCUUAUUCUUUUCCAAAUACUGAUAGACUAAACACAAAUCAAAAGUUCACUCCCAGCACCAAAAGACCAUCAUCAUCUUACUUCUGUACUCAUUGCAAAGUACCAGGUCACAGCUAUGAAAGAUGCUUUAAAAUUCAUGGUUAUCCAGUAGGAUUUAAGGGCUUCAAAGACAAAAAGUUUGCAGCCUCGAUUUAA